AUGGCUUCCAAAAAUACGAAAAUACACGUGAAAAUCGAAGAGGAUAUAAGAAUAUCUAUUCACCGGCAAAUUGAUUUAUUUCUGCAGGACGAGAAGCAAAGUGAGUACGAUUUCCCGACGAACCUCACGAACCUCCAUCGCGCGUACAUUCAUGAGUAUGUGAAAAACAAACGCCUGAAAUCGAAAUCUCACGGGAAAGGCGAGGAGCGGUAUUUAACAAUUUACAAAACGAGUUUGUCCGCCAUCACACACGACGAUGCUCGUUUGGACUUGACCGAUCAAUCAAUCGAUAUGAUCAUGGAGCUUCAGAAUGCGUAUGGCGCGCAAGGAAUUCGAGCGAAGGGCAAAUCCAAACGCAACGCAUUCCGAACGUGCAACGUUUAUCUAGCUUCUGCGCCACCUUCGGUUCCGCCUAGAGUGCACCCAGUCGCCAGUGUUUUCGACGAACGCAUGCGGCUUCCGAUAGCACAAUUUAAAGACAUCAUACUGAAGUGCACGCAACAAAACCAAGUGAUCAUCAUAUCGGGAAAUACAGGUUCGGGGAAAACGACACAAGUGCCCCAGUUCGUGAUGGAUGUCGCUUCCCAAAAUGGGACACCUUGUCGUAUUAUCGUAACGCAGCCUAGGCGAAUUAGCGCAGUUACGGUCGCUGAGCGAGUUUGCUUCGAGCGCAAUGAACCGCUGGGCGAUAGGGUUGGCUACCAAAUUCGCCUCGAAAGCCGCUCUAAGCCAUCUACCAACCUGGUGUUCUGCACCAACGGCGUGCUGUUGCGAUGUCUUACGGGCAAAGGCGUUUCCAAAUUUCUCGGCAACGUUACUCACAUAAUCAUCGAUGAGGUACACGAACGGGAUCAGUAUUCCGAUUUUUUGUUGAUCGCGUUAAAGGAUAACCUGCCGAAACAUCCCCAACUGAAGGUGAUACUGAUGUCGGCCACCAUCGAAUCAAACACCUUCUCACAGUACUUCAACAACUGCCCAGUCAUUGAGAUACCCGGACGAUUGUUUCCGAUUGACAGUUUUUAUCUGGAAGAUAUCCUUUUCACAAUGGACACAUACAAUCGCACGGUAAAGGACGUGAAAACAAAAAUCAUGAGCAAUAUCGAGCACUUACAAUCAUCGGGCGGCGCUAGAAUACACCAUUCGUCGACCGCUAAUAUGGACGACGAGAGCAUACUGCUGAUGAAUGACAUACUAGAAGUUUGUUGGAUAGAGAACAAUCCGGACGCGUUUCAUCACUUUUUUGCCCUGGUACAAGAGGAAAACAUUCCGGUUGAUUUCCAGCAUACGGAAACUAAAAUGACCGCCCUUAUGAUUGCGGCAGCUAAAGGCUAUAUCGAAAUAGUACAAAACUUGCUCGAUAUCGGGGCCAAUCCGUGCGUCCAGGAAAAGCACAACUACACUGCGUACGAUUGGGCUUGCUUCAUCCAUGGAAACAGUGUUUGCUCACAGCUGCUAGCGAAUGCGAUGAAACAUGCGGAAUCUAAGCAAUCCCAGCAAAUCGCCUUGACGCCACACACUGCAAAGCAGCUACUCGACGCCUACCACACAUCGUUCGGCGAUGAACGGAUCGAUCACAAUCUGAUCAUCGACGUGAUACAGUUUAUCUGCACCACUCAGCCAGACGGAGGCAUUCUCGUGUUUCUGCCCGGGUUCGAGGAUAUUCAGGACAUCUACGAGCUGCUGAACACGCGCCUCGCCCCCUACCAGCGGUUGAAGGUGUUUAUGCUCCACAGUAAGAUGCAGACAACCGAUCAGCAUGCUGUAUUCCGUCCUGCCCCACAAGGUGUGCGCAAAAUCAUUCUCGCUACAAAUAUUGCCGAAACGUCCAUCACUAUGGAUGAUGUGGUUUACGUGAUCGAUAGCGGUAAGGUGAAACAGAAAUACUACGAUCCCGUCACAGCCACCAACUCGUUGACGGCAACCUGGAUAUCGCAGGCCUGCGCUACACAGCGGGCAGGACGCGCUGGUCGCACUAAACCUGGAACCUGCUUUCGACUCUAUAGUCGGGCACGGCUUGAAGCGAUGGAUCAGUUCACGUUGCCCGAAAUCAUGCGCGUGCCGCUCACGGAAAUCUGUCUUAAUACGGCACUUCUCACCAACGGAGCUUCGAUACAUGACUUCCUGAACCGCGCUUUGCAGCCUCCGGCUGCGACUAGCGUGAAGCAGAGUGUAAAGUAUCUGCAGAAAGUCGGAGCGUUAGAUGAUGACGAAAAUCUGACUGAUCUGGGUCUAAUACUGGCCGAGUUGCCUGUCGAUGCACGGUUAGGAAAAAUGCUGCUCUAUGGUAUCCUGCUCAAGUGCUACGAGCCGGUACUGCUCAUUGUCAGUCUUCUGAGCGUGAACGAUCUCUUCGUGAUACCGUCGUACGCGUGUGAUAAGGAAAAAGUGCGCAAGGCACGCCGUGAGCUAGCGGAGGAUUCAUUUAGCGAUUGUUUUUGCCUACUCCGUGCGUACCAGCGAUGGUAUGAGGCACGAUCCGUUGCAAAACGAAAGGACAUUUGCAGCCGCUUUUUCCUUAGCCACAGCAAACUGACGACGGUGUAUGAUUUACGCUGUAAGUUGCACAGUCAUCUGUGCUCGAUGGGGUUGAUCAAAAGUUACGGCCCGGGAAAUAUUGAAGACGUGAACCAAUUCGCCCGCAACUGGUGUUUCGUGAAGGCGUGCCUGCUGGUUGGGCUGUAUCCCAACGUGUGCCACCUGGAGAAGUAUUCGAAGGCUAUGAAAACUAGGUUUGAAAAGAAAAUAUUCGUACACCCAUCGUCGGUGUUGGCGGAUAAGAGUCUGGCGAAGAAGCCAAACGAUAAAGACGCUACGCUUUGGCUCCCGACCGAGUGGAUCGCAUUCGAGGAGAAGUACAAAUCUGGCCGCGGGUCAAUGAUACGCUGCAACACUGUCCUAACACCGCUGACCAUCGCCAUCUUUGCCGGGCCCUUGUACUUUGACGAGUCGGAAUCGCUCGUCGAGUGUGAACAGUCUGAAUCGGUGGGACGGUGUAAAAUAGCGAUUGACGAUUGGAUUAACUUUAUCGUCGAUACGCACGUGGCACAAGCAGCGCUACGCACGAGGCGCUACGUGAGCGAUCUUUUCCUGAAGUUCAUCCAAAAUCCACGCACUUUUCAACUCAAUACGAUGGAGUACAAGUUCUUGCAAACAUUGGGGAAGCUGCUAGAUGUGGAGGAUAGUGCGGCACAUCUGACGAAUCGUGUGGAUUUAACUGGCAAUAGGAGAAUUUUCAAUAAAUCACACGACCAACGGCGCGCUGGCGGGCGAGAUGAUGGGAAAAGGGUGGCCAGUACCAGCGCGCAUCAUCAGCAGUAGUGGGAGCGUGCAGCACGCGGAUCCCCAACGUU